AGAUAGCACUAGAAAAAUUGCCAGAUUAGGGGUGCACUUGCGACUGGGUCAUCACAGAGACUUCCUUCCAUAAGAAACAUACACACAGACACACACAGACACACACAGACACAGAGACACACAGAGACAACACACACACAUACACACACACACACUCACAGACACACAAACACACACACAAAACACACACACACGGACUUGUCAAUCCAAGAAAGUUCGGAGAGGUGUUUCCACCUGUUGUCCUUCCUAUCCCUCUCAGCGGAGAGGUUCUCCUUCUGCUAACACAUUGUACUGCUGUUAUAUGAACUGUGCCCAUCCACCAGCCAGCAAGAUGCCUGUCUUUUGUCGAACAAUGAAGCCACCGCCAUGCACGGAUGUGACCCGUGCGUCUCUUGCUUCUGACCUCCCAGCUGAGGAGCAGGUGCGGCUCGGCCAGUCUUACCUGCAUGGGAAGAAUAAGAUAGCCAAGGACGAGAUCCGAGCGGUCAUGUGGUUUGCUCUUGCUGCGGAGAAAUGUGAUGCUGCAGGAAUGUACUGGCUAGGCCUUGCAAUGGAGGAGGGUCGCGGUGUGAGGAUGAGCACAACCAAGGCUGCACGAUGGUAUAAGAGGGCAGCUGCCCAAGGACAUGGUGAAGCUCUGUUUCGCCUUGGACAAUGCUACCGCAUGGGAAAAGGGCGACGGCGAGAUAUGUCCAAAGCCAUGGAAUGUUUCCGCAAGGCAGCAGAUCGAGGCAUUGCUGAAGCUCAACUGGAGUUGGGACAUUGCUAUAGGUUUGGUGUUGGUGUUGCACAGGAUGAGAGUUGUGCUAUGGAGUGGUAUCGAAGAGCCGCAGAGCUUGGGCACCUUGCUGCAUGCAAUAAUGUUGACGAUAAGCUUAACAAUUCUCUCAAGGAGGCAGCAGGUUGUACAGAAGCAGCAGAAAAAGGCGAUUCCACAGCUCCCGCGGAUGAACAUGACCAUGACAAAGUCUUCCAUGCUCGACUAAAUACGUGUCACAUUUCUUCUUCCCCUGAGACGGAAUGGAGAGGAGGUUUAUGCACAGGCCAUCGGUAUACAGACAGUGAUGGUGAUCCUGGAUGUACCGGCCGAGAUGGGAACUACAAAAGUGUCACUUCCGGUUUGAUAGCACUGUGGAGAAGUCGACGACGCGAUAGGAGAUCUAUUUCUUCCUUGCCGGCUGGUACCCAAGGUCCAGCUUGCACAGGGAUGGAGGUCGGUGGCGAUGAUGAUCGGAAUACUAAAUCACGGGUCACCUCAGCUUCGUCCGGUGACGCUGUCGCUGACCAAGAUUCUGUAUCCCAAAGACUGGAGAUCUCUGAGGUUCAUGCUGUUGAGUCUGAUAGCAUAGGAUCACUUUGUGAUCCGCUCUCUUUCGAUGGUGCUCUUCCUAUUGAUGAUGACGUCAUCAACAAAGCUGUUGGCUCGGUUGAUAACAUGGGAGACGGAGGAGACCUAAGGGAACAACAUGGGGAUGAAGAUGAUGCGGGGGAUGACAAUGCCGAGUCCUUAGGAAGCAUGUCGGGAGAAGUUCCUGAUGAUGUCACGGAUGAGCCAAAAGAGAAGGCAAAGACUGCGAUUUUGGCCACCACAAUGACUCAAGCAUUAGAGUGGCUCCGAGUUACGGCCGAUGAUGGCAACCCAUCUGCUCAGUACAGGCUUGGUGUUUGCUACGAGAAAGGAGAGAGCUUGGAACAAGACAAAGUACUUGCAGCGGAGUGGUAUUGGCGAGCAGCGGAACAGGGACAUGCUGCAGCCCAAAGCUCUUUGGGGGAGGUGGCCGGAGGCGGAGGAGAAGUGGCGGAGGCGGAGAGGAGAUGGCGGGAGGAGGUGGACGGGAGGUUGCAGAGGUGGAGAGGGGAUGGAGGGAGUAGAUGGCGGGAGGAGGCGGAUGAAAGAGAGAGAGGAGAUGGCGGGAUCAGGCAGACGGGAGGUGGUGGCGGAGGCGGGGAGGAAAGAGGGAGAGGACAUGUGCGGGCAGCGGAAGGGAGUUGGGCGGAGGCCAAGGAGAAGUGGCAGAGGCGGAGAGGAGAUGGCGGGAGGAGGUGGCGGAGGUGGUGGAGGUGGAGAGGGGAUGGCGGGAGUAGAUGGCGGGAGAAGGUGGAGGAAAGAGCCAGAGGAGAUGGUGGGAGGAGGCAGAUGGGAGGUGGCGGAGGCGGAAGAGAAGUGGCAGAGGUGGGGAGGAAAGAGGGAGAGGAGAUGGUGGGAGGAGGCGGACGGAAGGUAGGCGGAGGCGGAGGAGAAGUGGCGGAGCGGAGAGGAAAGAGAACGGAGAUGGCGGGAGGAGGCGGACGGGAGAGUGGAGGUGGGGGGAGGAGAAAGUGGCAGAGGCAGAGAGGAGAUGGCGGGAGGAGGUGGACGGGAGGUGGCAGAGGUGGAAGAGGUGGAGAGGGGAUGGCGGGAGUAGAUGGCAGGAGGAGGUGGACGAAAGAUAGAGAGGAGAUGGUGGGAGGAGGCAGACGGGAGGUGGCGGUGGUGGAGGCGGGGAAGAAAGAGGGAGAGGAGAUGGCCGGAGGAGGUGGACGGGAGGUAGGCGGAGGCGGAGGAGAAGUGGUGGAGUGGAGGAAAGAGAACGGAGAUGACAGGAGGAGGCGGACGGGAGGUGGGCAAAGGCCGAGGGGAGAUUCGCGAUCCCAAUGGCAGGAGGGAGGGAGGUGGAGGCCGAGGGGAGGUGGCCGCACACCGUUUUUUCUUUUUUUUUCCGAAAGGGCGGGCAGCGGGAUGGCGGAUGUGCAGGCAGCGGAACGGAGGCCAGAGCGGAGGUGGGCGGAGGCCCAGGGGAGAAUGGUGAUCCCAAUGGAGAGAGGGAGGGGGGCAGAGGCGGACAGGAGGCCGGCGGAGGCUGAGGGGAGGCAGCCGGAUGGUGGAUGUGCGGGCAGCGGAACAGAGGCCAGAGUGGAUGUGGGCGGAGGUGGUGAGGAGAUGGUGGGAGGAGGCGGAUGGGCGGUCGGGGAGGCGGAGAGGAGAUGGCAGGAGGAGGCGGACGGGAGGUGGCGGAGGCAGAGGAGAAGUGGCGGAGGACGCCUCUACUUUCUUGGAGAGGGCGUUGUUAAGGACGAAGUGACAGCAGUACAAUGGUUCAGGAAAGCUGCUGAGAACGACCACGCCAUGGCUCAGAAGCAUCUAGGCUUCUGCUACGAGACAGGCGCAGGGGUUCCCAAGGAACCCUUGGAGGCCAAGAAUUGGUAUGAGAGAGCAGCAGCACAGGGUGAUGCUUGGGGCCAGCACAAACUGGGCAACAUGUAUUGGUGCGGAAUGGGGGUGCCUCAGGUCGAUAAGGAAGCUGUGAAGUGGUUUCAGAAAGCCGCUUGCCAGGGCCUGCAGGAUGCUCAGAGCAGACUUGCUAUUGCUUAUCGGGAUGGGCGUGGAGUUAACCAAGAUCCAGCCAUUGCCGAAUACUGGUUUCGCAAAGCGGCUGAGCAAGGGCACAUUGAGGCACAGCGCAACCUCGGUGUUCUGCUUUUUGAGAAGGCGCGAACAAUGGACAUCCGCUGAGAAGGUGGAUACGGAAACUGUGAAAUGGUUUCAGAAAGCCACUUGCCAGGGCCUGCAGGAGGCACAGAACAGGCUUGCUAUUUGCUUAUUCGGAUGCGCGUGGCAUUAACCAAGAUCCGUCCAUUGCUGAAUACUGGGUUGAGCAAGGCCACAUUGAGGCUCAGCGCAACCUCAGCGUUCUGCUUUUUGAGAAGGCGCAAACAAUGGGCAUCCACACUGAGAGUACCUUUCUCCACAUCGAAUCGGUCAAGAUCCUCUUCAACCUGCUUGAGGUAUAGGGGUCACUAUGUGACUUUCAAUUAUGAUUUACUCCACUCCAUUUCACCUCUCUUGUGUUCCACACGUGCAUGUGACAGAAGUGAACUCUGUCUGAUGACAACGAAAGGCACUGACGACGAGGAGGUAAGGAGAGCAACCAGCAGUCUAGGGUAAGGUGGGGGCAACAGUGGCAAGUGUAUGGUUGUAUGAAACACCAUCAGCCAAAGGAUCGUUUGAUCAAAAGACAUUUCGUGGCAGGGCCCACAGAUCUGCAGGUGAUUUUUUAUGGCUAUAUUGCCAGCCCUGGGCAUGCUAAACUUUCCCCCAAGUGUUCUAGACAUAGUAGUAUAGACUGAAACGGGAAACGUUAGGCCCCGAUGCGAGGGGCCGAUGCUGCUAUCUGCCGAUUAUUAGGCAUUUGAGCGGUUUCCUUAUUAGCCUUGCACACACUCGACAUCUGUUGCGCAGAAGGGUAGUGGGCAACAAGGAGAGGACAAGUGCUGAUUACGGUACGUUGAAAAAAAUCCUGACUUUCCAUUUUUGGGCCAUUAUGAAAUCACCGGUUUCUGUCAAUGGAGGCAGGCUUGAGGAAUCUGCUUCCCCACAAGGUCGUAAAAACAAAGGGCAUGUUGCCGCCCAAGGCCAGGUUCUUGGGCGAUAGCAGGAUAUACCUGAUGCGUGACACAUAUGUGGUCCCCACGGCUCCACUAGCUGCUGAGAUGCGCUGUCAGAUAGGCUGGCAGCUCAAGGAGGAGGGAAGCACUCUCGGGUGUGGUGUCGGUGUGCCGCGCAUGAGAUCGUUUCCGCAAGAAGUAGAGGCCCUCGGAAGGGGGUGCAGGGGAAGAUUUAGGUGGGUGGGCUGCUGGGGCGAGCGCUUCUGUGGUCAUGUGUAGCUCGUACGAGACCCUUGUCAAGGCGUAGCUCAGUUGGGACAAGUUCGAACCCAGAUGAAAUACGAUGAACAGGAUAAAAUCCUCAGGAUGUC